GUGCUGUUGGCAGCCUGGCGGUGGUCCGUGGCUUGGCACCACCACAAACGAGGUCGCAAUGAUCAGCCCCUGACUUCAAGCAAUGUAGUUGGAGAAGAAAGCAAAGCAGCUAGCAGCUAGGUUCGCAGGACGCCUUUGUCCGUCGAAUUCUUUCCCGGGUAGUUGUGGAGAGCCGCACCGCACGGCGUGUCCGUAACGUGCAAACAAGCUAUACUGGAUAUUGGCAUUGUUGCUGCAACAUUUUUCGUAAACAGGCGUUUUUUUUCAAGUGCGACGACGGGUACGGGUGCAUGUGUCGUGUACGCACUUGAUGGUAAAGAGGUUCAACUCCUUGAGCCAAUUACCCUCUCCGCCCGUGUUCAAGGUCGGUUCAUCGAGCCAGCAUUCCGUCCUGGAGCACACAUAGCCCAGUGGGUUCGGCGAUGAGAUAUUCCGAACGUGCGUUGCGGCCGCCGUUGCCGCACGGAGGCAUUCGACUCCGAGAUCUGGCCCUACUACCGGUGGUGGUGGUUGUUCUUGCGCUCAGCAAUGGCAAUGCCGUGGGCGCAGAGGACAAAGUACGGCAACCAGGGUAUAUGACUGGUCAAGCGUUUGUGUACGCCGGUGACACGAUCAAUGUGCGGUGCAUGCCACCAAGUGACUUUGACUUUCCCGCGGCAACUCCCAAAUGGAUAACACCAGGGUUGGGCGCGUAUAAAGACGAGCGUUGGCACCACCAUAUGUGGCAUGGAGCGUUUGUGCUGAGGAUUCAGGCGGCACGGGUGCGUGACAGCGGUGCGUAUCAGUUCCACAUGGACUACAUCAACAAGACCCGGGUUCCCGUGACAUUCAAGUCUAGCAUGGAGGUGCGCAUACUGCCGCGGACCCCGCAAUUGCCAGCCAUCCGCAAACCUCACAUCGCUAAGGCACCGCGCACUGCAGUCGUGGGCCAUACCUUGCAAGCAACCUGCGUUGUACGUGACCUGUUUUCACCAGUCUUCUCCUGGUCGUGCACGGGUGUGAAAGCUGAGUCCGGACGGAUGUUCUUCGAUGCCUCUACGGGUCAGCUGACAGUACGCUCUGUACAGGGCAGUGAUGCCGGUAUAUGUACAUGCAGUGUGAGUGGUCUCAGUAACCAGUCAUCAUUCUCCUUCUCCGUUGUAAAUCGGUUCGAUAGACCCCCACAUAUCACCUUCAUCCCAGAAGACCUGUACUUCACAGUGCAGUAUCCCUACACCACUGGGCCACUACCUGAGUUAUGCCUGGUGAGGUUCAAGUACGAUGGCCACAAGCUUGAUCGGUUCGUCCGAUGCAAGGCCAGGAAGUAUGACGGCGGAAGUCCUGCCGUUUACUUCACCCUACACGAAGAUUUCUUCUUCAAGAACGAAACGUCGCUGAUCAAGAGUCUCCUGGGUAAGCAAGUGGCGGUGAAAGUGGCCAUCGUUGGAGUCAAGCCUGGACGAUGGAGCAGUGUGAAGACAGUGUAUCUCCCACUUGAACCUGUCUUGCCUGGUAGUGAUGAGAUAACCACACAUCCAAUGAAUUGCUCACAAGCUGGUGGCGUUCAUGGUGUGGAAAUGAACGUCUUGCGGCUCAGCCAUUCGCCACACAAGUUCGCCGCCUACCUUCCAAUCCUCUCCUAUCAGAUGUUUGUGUGCGAGGAGAAUGAGUCCAUGACUCAAUGCGAUAACAGUGAAUCUCCGUGGGAGGCAGCAGGCCGCUUACACCACGUCAGGCAUGGGUAUCUACCCAAUGAAGUCGCCGAGGAUUUGUGCUUAGUCAACAUCAUGCCAAAUCGCAACUACCGCUUCAUGUUCCGUGUUAACACCUUAUCACACGCACUGAGCUUUGCUAGUGUGAGUCAUCCCAUGUUAUAUCCUGAUCCAAAUUCACAGCAUCUUAUCACCACAUCGCGGCCUCCACCAACGCCAAACCUGCUCCGCCAGAAGUAUGUCCAUGUUCCAUUUGGGCUGAAGCGAACUUUCUCUUGCCAGCAAGAUGAGAUGAAGAACGCAUCCCUGAUGAGUAAAAACGUGAUGGACUACUUUUUGUCAGUGUGCAAGUGCAAUGGGGCACUACUUGGCAAACGGUUCUUCUCCCGUAAACCUGUAGCUGGCAAAGGCUGCAGCCCAACGAGACGCCGUGGCGAGGACAAGAUCGCCCAUGAGCUCCUUUUAGAUGUGGAUCGCUGUAGCUUCCUGCAUAGCAUUUCUUCGGCAAUGGCCAAAGUUGGUGGAACGAUUCUAAUACCCGGAGAUAGUCUUUCUAGUCAGUCUACUUUCACCUACAUCUGCAUUGACAUAUCCCACUUCUCGAAAGACAGCUGCCCCGGGAUAGAGUGGAAUGUCGAGGCUGAUAGUACGCUGGGCGAUAAAUUCCACUGCUUGAGGCCACAUAACUUCCAAAAGUAUGAUUCAACGCCGGCGGUGGUGACCGCACUGGGAAGCUCGGCUAUGCAAGCAGCGUCCAGUGUGUUUGUGAGCAGGAUCAGUGCUGGUGGUGUGGAGGAAGCUGUUGUGCCUGACGAUGAUCGUGCAAUAAACAAUACAACCCUUAUACCACUGAUCGUACUGCUGCUGGUAGUUGUGAUUCCCGUCCUUUUGAUUGUCCGCCAUCAGAGGAAGAAGGAACAGCCAUGCGCAGUAGUAUGUGUGUCGCCGUCCUGCGUGGAGGAAGAGCAAAACAACAACUCGGGUAGUGGACUGAGUGGUAGCGAUCAUCAGUCAUCACUAUCCGCUCAUCGUGCCGACUUACAUGGACAAGCACUCAAUGCCGGUAUUGCGUACACUGCAACUGCCCAGCGUCCGACUUAUCUGCCUUCAUCGACUACCAGUAUUGACCGCAGAUCAUCUCUGGCCUCGAUAGCCAGCAGGGAUGCAGUUAAUGUUGCGGGCAAUGCUGGUAAUGCAGCCAAAGCUCACAGACAACUACAGGUGCAUUUCUUUGAUGUUAGCCCGGCAACGCAGCCUUCUGCAGACGGCGGUGGCGAAUCGCUGAGCUCUGCUGCGUCAUCACCAUGUAUCUCGUGUGACUGUGAACCUGACUUCAAUGCUAGAGAAGCACGAGCAGAACUGACAGCCCCUUCAAGUCCGGCAAACUCGAGUCUGCGGUCUCAGUCUUGCCCAUCGCUGCGAGACCGAAUGGCGAGUAGCUGAUGAUCUCUUUUAAGAGUCAAGUGGAAACUGGCGGUGAGUAAGUGGAAACUGGCGGUGAGUAAGUGGAAACUGGCGGUGCCUGUGUGUAAGAAACCAUGCUACGUGUAUGGCAUUUGACAGGCACAAGUACACUCCAAACUCUUUCAUUCUAGACACAACACACAACAGUGUGUUCUAUUCACAGCCGGGCUGUUACUGGACAGGCUGUCACACUCUAGGUAUGUGUACUACGAUGUACUUAGAAUUAUUUUUCACAGUUUUGCAAUUGAAAUUAUCCAAAGAUAUUAUUGUUGAUUUCACUUGAGAGCUUGAUCAUUCCACUUAAAUGCACCCUAUUUAUUUUAACUUUUAAAGUCAAACAGAGAAUGUCUAAAAGGAUGCAUUCUUUUCUGGUAGUCCGAAACAGAACACAGCAUCGUGCGGAACAGUGGAGGUGAUAUGGUUUUCUGUAACUUAAUGUUAGAAUGUAACAGAAUUUUUCUCAUAGCCUUAUUAUUAUUGUUGGUAAUCGUUUGGUGAAGACUUCCCAUAACCCCUAGAAAAGUACCCCGAGCUGGUCUGAACCGGCUUGAUGUUUUCCAAGUGGAUUUCGAAUUUUAUUUUAUUUUAGAUAUUUUUUGGAGAGAUAUUCUCUAUUGGAGUGGACAACUCGAACCCUAUGGCCUACUGGGCAAACACACGUGCCCACUAACUGUUUGACUCCACUGAAGA